AUGGCGAUCCCCAUGGCGUUGCGAAGCGCCGCUGUCUUCGCGUUGGCUCCGGCUCUGGUGUGUCCAGCAUGGGGAUGGAUCAACGAUGAGACGCUACGUGCGGAGACCCUGGCCGCAGUGCCCGGCAGCGUCAAACGGCUGCAGGUCGACUUGGACUUGGAGCCGCUGCACAGGUGGGACUUCCUAAGCCAUGAGCCAGGCUUUGAAGCUUAUCACUCAGAAGUGACCCAAUAUCUUGAGAAGUACAUCCCAGCACAUCUUCUUCCCAUGGUGGAUGAUAUCACCAAGCACAUGGAGAAGGCGUACUACGCAGACUACGCUCAAGAGAUGCAAAGUUUGUCAAGCGCGCUGAACAUCUCCCUGGGAGAAAUUGUGCUGGUGAAUUUAGUUUAUCAAGUCGAACAGAUUGGCACCGCUUGUAACAAAGUGAACACCACCGGCCCCUGUCCUCCUGCGGCUCCUGCGGGCCCUGGGCUGUGUUCUGGGCUGGUGGCCGAUGCGGGAGACGCGCUGUGGCAAGGUCGCAACUUGGACUGGGACUUGGACAAAGCAUUGUUGCCAUUUGUUGUGGAGGUGGAUUAUCUUUCUAAAGGUCAAACCGUCUUCAGAGGAGUUCAGGUGGUGGGUAUGAUUGGCGUGCUACACGGCAUGGCCAUGGGUAAGUUCAGCGUGCAGAUCAACGCUCGCGAUCGCGGGGGCAGUUUAGCGAAAAAUCUUCUGGAGGAGCUGCUCCUGGGGGGAAAGACACCCACGCACGUCAUCCGCAAAGCGCUGGAGCAAGAAGCGACCUUCAGCGAUGCUGAGCAGUUUCUUUCCUCUGAGCGCUUAGCCAAUCCCGUGUAUUUCAUCCUCUCUGGCGUGCAACAUGGUGAGGGCGCCAUUUUGACGCGGCAACGGCAACGAUGCGACGCGUGGCACCUCUUUGAGACGAAUCCCAAGGAUUCCAAGCAGGUGAAUCCGCAACCUGGAUGGUUUCGGUUGCAGACCAACUAUGAUCCUUGGGAACAAGUUCCAAAGUAUGAUGACCGCCGCACGCCGGGGGUGCGGAACACGGAGAAGUUCUGCAAGGGUGGUGCCAGUGUCAACGAGGACACAGUUCUGUCUGUGAUGACAGCCUGGCCCACCAAGAAUCACCACACGGACAUCACCUCGGUGAUGUGCGCCCGCACGGGGCAAAUGAAGACCAUGCUGUGGAUGAAGACGACUUCUCCGCAUCUCAUGGGCUCCGAUCGCUUCGAGUACACGGUGGUGGGCUCCAUGCUGGAGCUCUACUGCAACGCUGUGGUGGAUCUCCUCUCCAAGGGGAACCCCAGUCAAUCCAAAGCCAAACUGAAUAUUCGGCAAGAGAAGAAUGGCAACGUAGCAGUGGAGGGCCUCACUGAAGAGGAAUGCAAGAACGCUGAUGAGCUGACGAACCUUUUGGAACGUGGCAACGAACAACGCACUGUUGCGGCAACGGCCAUGAACUCGGAGAGUUCCAGAAGUCACCUGAUUCUUAUCAUCAAAAUCAUCAGCGUGAACAAGGAGACCAAGGAGGUGCUGAAGGGCAAGAUGCUGAUGUGCGACUUAGCAGGUUCGGAACGCCUCAAACGAUCAGAGGUCACUGACCAUCAGCAGACAGAAGCCAUCGCAAUUAACAAGUCGCUGACUGCGCUGGGCGACGUCAUUGAGGCCUUAACCAAAGGCGGCAAGGGCGUGGUUCCUUACAGGAAUCACAAGCUCACUCUUUUGAUGCAAGACUCCUUAGACGUCGAUCUCAGCAUUUCAAAAGGCUCAGGCAGAAUCCAGGAUACGCCGUCGCCGAUCUUCGCCGAUCUCCGCGCGAUGCCUGUGACUUGUGGUGAUUGCUGCUGCUCAAAGGAUUGCAAUGGCGAGGAGUGCGGCUGCAAAUGCGGUGAGUCCAUCGCCACUUUGGGCGCCUUCUUCAUCGUGGCUGCUGCGGCCUUUUGGAUCGUCGGCUUGCUCUUUGGCUGGAACGGACCUGACACUCACUUCCAGUCGGACUUGACCUACCACCAGUUCAACAUGUUCUGGUUCUAUCUGGGAUUCAUUACCGUGGCGUUUGGUGUGCUCUACGCCAUCUACGCCCGCGGCGGCAAGGCUUUUGCACGAGAGCCGGAGGCAGAGGAGGAAACGCCGACAGAGGAGAAGUCCGCAUUGGCAGCAGCACCAACUCCAUACGUCAUGCUGCCUGCUGAGCCGUAAAGAAGAGAGCUUUUUGGCAUAGCUUGGCGACGUGUCUCGUGUCAAACGAGGCGUUGAUUGAAAGCGUGUGCAAGCUGUGAUUCAGCUGUGGUUUCUGCCAUGGUUUGGAUUUGAAGCUCCGGACCAGGCUAUCAAUGACGAUUUUGGUUCUGCG